UCCAGGGAAACCUCCGCGAAAGGGUGUGCGUUUUGAAGGUUGUAAGAAGCUAUAAUAUCAGUGGAGACGCGACGAGCCGCCGCAUUAGAGCCUGGAACCGGAGCAACGCGCACCGGCCGUCUUUCCCCCCUCCUCUGUUGCCUCCCACCUCAUCUUAGCCUCAGCUGCCCCGGCGAAUACCAAGGUGUCCUCCCCGGCGAAACAGCGAAGAUGCCGCUUACGCGGACGUCAUCUAAAAGUUUGAAUACCUGUGAUGCGCAGCAAAAAUGCGUCGUGGCAACUGUGCCGCUUUGCCUCAAGGUCACUAUCUGAGUACCGCCGCCGCCUUUCGGACGCAUUUCUUGGGGCAAGCGGAGGGGAAGAAGGGGGCGCAAAGGAGGAAGGGGAUGCGGUUGUCUCUUCGCGUGCACUCAGCAUCAGCAGCGACGUUUCUCACGAAAGACUAAAAGAGGAGAGAGGAGAGAGGGGGAAACUGGUAAAACACGUCCUGUCGGGAAACAAGCAGGUGGUCCCCCGUGGCCGGUGUUUUCCUGAGGUCAGGAACUCUGAGGCAUCUCGCCGUUUCCUGCUUCCUACCAGCAGCCGCAGCGACGGCCUGUGACAGCGGCGGUUUCACCUGGCUGCUGCACGCGACGACGUCCAGUCACAACCGGCCGACGUCAACUGACACAAAAAAAAUGGACCGUUGGUCCGGUUACAGGUAGCCGACCUGAACCGUCGAGCUGUUCGUGUUUGAGGAAUUUUGAAAAACAAAAAACGAUUUCAACAUUACGUAGUUGAAGCCAACUCGACUUCCUUAAACUUGAAGGCGGAGUUUUUUUUCUCUCCCCCAUUGUUUUUUUCCCCCCUUUUUACAAGUUGGUUUCUUGUUUGUUUUUCCAACAAUGUUUUGGAGGAGAGCCGCGCACGGUCGGGUCGGUUUCCGACGGAGUUUACCGGAGCUGGGACUGCUCCUGCUGGCGACCCUGGUGCUCCUGGAGGGCUCCGUGCUGCCGCUGGGAGCAGCCAGCUCUCCGGAGACCGGCAUCACUCCCGGAGCGGGGGUGAGCCACGGACAUGCCGAUAAGAACCACAGCGAAACCAAACACAAAAAGCCUUUCCCCGUCCUCGGCCUCAACUACGACAGCGUCAAAACCCCCUUCGAAAUUUCCCUCUGGGUGCUUCUGGCCUCGUUGAUGAAAUUAGGUUUCCAUCUGCUCCCUCGUGUAUCGAGCAUCGUUCCGGAGAGCUGCCUGCUGAUAGUGGUCGGCCUGCUGGUCGGAGGAGGCAUCAAGCUCAUUCGAGAAGAGGUCCCACCCGUGCUUGACACUAAGCUUUUCUUCUACUGCCUGCUGCCCCCCAUCAUCCUGGAUGCUGGCUACUUCCUGCCCAUCCGGCCCUUUAUGGAAAACCUCGGCACUAUCCUGAUGUUCGCCGUCGUGGGGACUUUAUGGAAUGCGUUUUUUGUUGGGGGCUUCCUCUUUGCUGUGUGUCAGAUCCCACAUGCCAGCCUCAGCCACAUCGGACUUCUGCCCUGCCUGCUGUUUGGCUCCAUCAUCUCCGCUGUGGAUCCCGUUGCCGUGCUCGCUGUCUUUGAGGAAAUCCACAUAAACGAGCUGCUGCACAUCCUGGUGUUCGGCGAAUCGCUGCUGAACGACGCUGUAACUGUGGUACUCUACCAUCUCUUUGAGGAGUUUUCUGAAGCUGGCACAGUGACUGUGUUGGAUGGCUUCCUGGGAGUCAUCUCAUUCCUUGUCGUUGCACUGGGCGGCGUCCUGGUUGGAGCCUUCUACGGGUUCGUGGCGGCCCUCACGUCCCGCUUCACCUACCACAUCCGGGUCAUCGAGCCCCUCUUCGUGUUCGUCUACAGCUACAUGGCCUACCUGUCAGCUGAGGUGUUCCACCUUUCAGGCAUCAUGGCGUUAAUAGCAUGCGGAGCAGUGAUGCGACCCUACGUAGAAGCUAAUAUAUCCCACAAGUCCCACACCACAAUCAAGUACUUCCUCAAAAUGUGGAGCAGCGUUAGCGAGACGUUGAUCUUCAUCUUUCUUGGUGUGGCCACAGUGGAAGGACCUCACCAGUGGAACUGGGUCUUCGUCACGGCGACUGUCAUCCUGUGUCUGGUCUCACGAGUUAUAGGUGUGGUGGGUCUUACGUUUGUGAUCAACAAGUUCCGCAUGGUCAAUCUGACCACCAAGGAUCAGUUCAUUAUAGCCUAUGGUGGGCUGCGAGGUGCCAUCGCUUUCUCCCUGGGCUUUCUGUUGGAUAUCGAGCACUUCAAGGACAUGAGAGAAAUCUUUCUGACUGCCAUCAUCACAGUUGUUUUCUUCACCGUCUUUGUUCAGGGUAUGACCAUUAAACCUCUGGUGGAGCUGUUGGCAGUGAAGAAGAAACAAGAGGCAAAGCGCUCCAUUAACGAGGAGAUCCACACCCAGUUUCUUGACCACCUGCUCACUGGGAUUGAGGAUAUCUGUGGACACUAUGGACAUCACCACUGGAAAGACAAGCUGAACCGCUUUAACAAGAAAUACGUGAAGGGCUUCCUGAUCGCAGGCGAGCGCUCCAAAGAGCCACAGCUCAUUGCCUUCUACCACAAGCUGGAGAUGAAGCAGGCCAUCCAGCUGGUGGAGAGUGGAGGGGGAUCCAAGCUGCCCUCUGCCAUGCCUUCCACCGUCUCCAUGCAGAACAUUCAGCCCAAGAACCAGCCUCCUCCUCCGAAGCCCACAGAGAGAGCUCUUCCUCAGCUGACCAAAGGCCGAGAGGAAGAGAUCAGGAAAAUCCUCAGGAGCAACCUUCAGAGGACACGGCAGAGGUUGCACUCCUACAACAGACAUACUCUGGUGGCUGAUCCCGACGAGGAAGGAUUUCAGGACAUUAUCCUGAAAAAGCAGAAAAUGAUGGAGCUGGACCGGAAGAUAAAGGAGAUGGCCAACUACCUGAGUGUGCCUUCUCAUCCGAAGGAUUCCCCAACUAUGAGCAGGGCCAGACUGGCUUCAGGCAGAAAUACUGAUUUCAUACCUGCUCAGCAGCAAAAAGGAAACAAAAAGUCACCAGAUCCACAGGCGUACAACAUAAAGCUACCAGCAGGUGGCGUCCCCACCAUCCAGGUUGAUCUGGCAUCUCCGCAGUCUCCAGACUCUGUCAACCUGCUGGAUGAGAUCGGAAAGGCUGAGCAGAAGGAGGACUCAGGCCUGAUGAUGAAGCCUCCGGAGUCGAAUGGCCCAGAAAAAGCUGGUGAGAAAGACGGCUGGAGAGAUCAGCAGAAGCUGACGAGGUGCCUGAGCGACCCUGGUCCCGGUGCCGAGGAUGAUGAGGACGAACCCUUCCUACCUUAAGAUGCAGACAGACCUGGCAACACGGCGCAGGUGUCAGACAUCCUAGUCGUUGCUCUGGUUGAAAUGAUCUCACACAAAGCCAAAACUGCAAAUGUUGCAAGAACCAGAAACGACAAAGCAAAAGGAAGCGCCGGAAGGGAAAAGAGCCAUUACCUUAUUAUUAUUGUCACUGCUCUUUAAUUUAUGGAUUUGCUGCUGCACCUAAAAGCUGGGAGAAAGUGGAUUUCAUGGCUGAAAGAACUAUGCAUUACCAAAGCAGCGGACUGUUUUAGUUUUAGUCAGAGUUCGUUUUAAAAUUCAGCAGCGGUCUUCAUCUUGUGUCUUUAAAGUCAGGUUCCUUGAGACAUGCAGGGCCUCAACAAAAAGAAAUUUUAUGUUUUUUUUUUUUUUCAGGUUUUGCACUUUAGAUUUUAGUUUUUAGCAUCAAUCUAUCUCUUAAAUUGCUGGAUGUAUAAACGUAGAUGUAGCUGUUCGAGACAUUUGGCCUUUCUUCACAUAAGACCUUUUGACUAGGCGUGUUUUUUUUUUCUUUGCCUUUUCUUAAAAUAUCUUAAAAAUAUCUUUUUAUAUAUUUUUAUUUUACCACCAGCUGUUGGUUAGUUUAAUCUGUUAUUGUGGAACAUGUUGUUCAUCAACAGCUGAAUUUGUUUUUACUUUUUAAGGCUACUGAGGUAAAGAAUCGUACACGUUAACAGACUGCAGCCUUGCUCUGUGACUGAGGCUUUAUUUAAAUCUUUAUUACAGGAGGUUGGUUGAGUUUUGAGCCACUAUCAUACAGGCUCUCUCAUUUAAUUAAAAUGACUUGUAUCUACAUAUAUUUACUUCACUUUAGAGCACCCAUUUUUAGUUAAAAGUUGUUAAAGCAAUUUAUUUCCAAGUAACUUAAUAGCCAAGUGCCCAUCAGCAACUGUUUUCUCAUAUCGCGUAUUUAAAAUGGUUCUUCAGUUCAUUCAACCAUCUGUUUAUUGGGGUUAUCAACCUCAGACUGCCUGCAUGUCAUCGCAAAAAAAAAUGUAAUACUAUGCAGUAUAGAUGUUUAAAAUACAGCGAUGAACAACUGUCCUCUUUCUAGACCCUUUAAAAUUCAUUUAGCUAAUGCAAAUUAUCGCUAAAGGUGAAGUUAAAAAAAAAAAUCCAGACUUGGGCAUUAAAAAAA